AUGGCAGGCAAAAAACUAAAAUUCUGUUACUUCUUUCUUUCUGUUGUUACUUUGGGAUACUUGUCAGGAGUUUUUCCUGUUCCUGAUGAUGAAUGUCCGGAUGCAUCCCCAGCCCGAGAGAACUGUGAAUUUGAUGAAGUAUGCGAGGAUGCCUUUUGUAACUAUAACGAAUACGUGACGUGCCACCUGAACCGAUGUGGAACAUGUGAGGCAGUCUUUCACGGCUAUGACAACCAGACAGUAAACUGUGACCACUUAACCCCAAAGUGUCGGUUGAUGCAUUUGGAGAUGCUUGAUAAGAGCAAAAGUGGACGGAGGCAUCCUGGUGGAGGGUUGCUGGAUGUUGAUAAUGUAUACGAUCCUGAGUGUGAAAAGAAUGGCACAUUUAAAGCCAAACAAUGUGAUGAUGACUCAAAUCUAUGCUGGUGUGUGGACAGUGCUGGGGUUCGAGUAACAGAUAAAACAGGAGAUGACCCAAAAUGUGACCGAUUAGUCCGCGUUCAUCUCAUUCAAAUUGACUUUGUCUUCAAGGCUGAAUUCUCAUUUCUGAAAGGAAAAGAAGAAGAAAUUCGGAGAAAAUUGGCCAUCAAGUUAGUCAAGCAAUACACAUUAAAGGCAACACAGAUUCUUGACAUAUCUAUGCACGAACAUACGCAGGAAAUAUCCAUAAAGCUCAGCGAGAACAACACAAGAGAACCAGUUGAUAUUUCUACAGUAGCAUAUUACAUCGAAAGAGAUCUAAAAAGGAGCAAAUUUUCCUUAGAAGUGGAUAAUCGGAUUCUGGAAGUUGACCGAACUUCAAUCUUGGUACUGUUUUUUGACAAUGAGCCUCCUCGCAUCAACAUGAAAACCAUUUCACCAGGGUUUGCUGCUAUCAUAAUAGUCAUAGCACUGGCCAUUCUCACAGGAAUCGCAGUGUUCGAUGAUCUUGGUUUAGAUAUAACCAGUCCCAGCUUGCAGUCAUCUCCAAACUUUGUUAACCAGAGAUCACUGUUAUCAGUUUGGAUGUCUGAAAAAUACAUGACAAACUGGAAGGGGCCUACUAUAGAUAUAGGGGACAGCAGUGAUAUGUCUCUCUGUCUGAGAAAGUGUCACCUACUUGGAUGA